GUGAACUUUUGCUUUGCACGGAUCCCAGAAUUUCUUAGACCGAAAAUUCGCGUCAAAAUCAGCAACGGCAAAAGCACAAAAAAAAAACAACUACAAUUAGUGAGGGAGGCAGAAAAUUCCUGUCCAAAACAAAAAGCAGCGAUAAAUUAUAAACAUAAAGUGUUGGGCAGUAAUUGAUUGAAUUGUUUCAAAACGCAAAAAGUAUUCCAUUCCAACAAAGCUAAAUCGUAUCGUAUUUUUGUGCUGAAAAUGAAGCCCACAAAGAACUCAACGCUGGAAGUCAUCUCACCCAAAGUACACGUGGACGAUGAGUACAUUGAGACGGACUACGAUUAUCAAACUUCGCAUGUUAAACGCAGUGCCGGCGGCCAAAUUCAGGUGCACCCGCAGACGACGUCGCUGAAGAUACGCACUGGUCGCCAUGUGCCCAAGCUGGGCGUCAUGCUCGUCGGCUGGGGUGGCAACAAUGGCUCCACUCUGACCGCUGCCCUCGAGGCCAAUCGUCGCCAGCUGCAGUGGCGCACCAAGGGAGGAGUGCAGCAGGCCAAUUGGUUUGGUUCCAUCACCCAGGCGUCGACUGUGUUCAUUGGCUCUGAUGAAGCAGGCAGCGAUGUGUAUGUGCCGAUGAAGGAACUGCUGCCUAUGGUGGAACCGAAUGACAUUGCUGUCGAUGGCUGGGACAUCAGUGGCUAUCAUUUGGGCGAUGCCAUGCGACGUGCCGAGGUGCUGGAUGUGGGACUCCAGGAGCAGCUCUAUGAGCAGUUGUCGGCGUUGAAGCCACGUCCUUCCAUCUACGAUCCGGACUUUAUUGCCGCCAAUCAAUCGGAGCGUGCCGAUAAUCUGAUCAAGGGCACCAAGCUGGAGCAGUACGAGCAAGUGCGUCGCGAUAUUCGUGACUUUAAGCAGCGCAGCGGCGUCGAGACUGUCAUUGUGUUGUGGACUGCGAAUACGGAACGCUUCUGCGAUGUGAAAGCGGGUCUGAAUGCCACCAGCAAGGAGCUGCUGGCCUCACUGCAGGCCAACAAACCGGAGGUGUCGCCAUCGACCAUCUUUGCCAUGGCCAGCAUUGCUGAAGGCUGUACUUAUAUUAAUGGCUCGCCGCAAAACACUUUUGUGCCUGGCCUGAUUGAGUUGGCGGAGGAGAAGCAGGUUUUCAUUGCCGGCGAUGACUUCAAGUCGGGUCAAACCAAGAUCAAGUCGGUGCUGGUUGAUUUCCUGGUGGGCGCCGGCAUUAAGCCUGUGUCCAUUGUUAGCUACAAUCAUUUGGGUAACAACGAUGGCAAGAAUCUCUCGGCACCGCAGCAAUUCCGCUCCAAGGAGAUCUCGAAGAGCAAUGUCGUCGACGACAUGGUCGCAUCCAACAAUCUGCUGUAUGCACCCAACGAGCAUCCCGACCAUGUGGUCGUCAUCAAGUAUGUUCCCUAUGUGCGCGACAGCAAGCGUGCCAUGGAUGAAUACACCUCCGAGAUCAUGAUGGGUGGCCACAACACCUUGGUCAUCCACAACACGUGCGAGGAUUCCCUCCUGGCCACUCCGCUCAUCCUCGAUCUGGUCGUACUCGCCGAACUGAGCUCGCGCAUCCAGCUGCGCAGUGCCGAGCGUGAGGCAGCUCCAUGGGUGCCCUUCAAGCCGGUGCUCUCGUUGCUCAGCUAUCUGUGCAAGGCGCCGCUGGUGCCACGUGGCUCCCAGGUGGUCAACUCGCUGUUCCGUCAGCGUGCCGCCAUUGAGAACAUCUUGCGUGGCUGCAUCGGUCUGCCGCCUAUCUCCCAUCUAACCUUGGAGCAGCGGUUUGAUUUCUCCACCAUUACGAAUGAGCCGCCACAGAAGAAGGCCAAGCUGCUCGGUCAGAACUGCGCCGUGGAGUCCAGCUCGAAGCUGCAGGCCAAUGGACACACUAAUGGCACCGCCAAGCUGGCCGCCAAUGGGAAUGGACAUUAAGGAUGUUAAGCAAAAGAACAGUAUGCUACAUGAGAAAAUUGUAGUAUAUAUAUCCUAUAUAUAUAACGUUUACAUAUAUAUCAUAUAUGAAUAUACAUAUAUGUAUUUGUUAGAUUACAAACUAAUCUUAAGUUACACUUAUCAAAUAAACUUCAAACCACCUAAAA